UCAAUUAAAAAAAAAACAAUUUGCUUUGGACCCCCUACGGACACCUACUUAAGGGCCCUGUAAAUUCAGCAUAUUAUGUAGUUACUACUUUUCGUUAUAUCUUACAGGAAAACCACAAUCAGUGCUGUAACAAUGUGGGUAGCUUCGACCAGGAAAGUAUAAAAAUUUUAUUUGAACUCUACAGAAGUGGACAUUGUUUCAUCCAAUUCAUACUUGAGUGAGUGUAGUGUGCAUUAAAAUGCUUUUACUAAAAACCCUUGCGUUUUUAGCACUGUUGUCUGUAUCAAAAUGUAAAAAUGACUUAGAAAAAAAGUGCAAAGACGAUUACCGUGAUCUAAACAAUAAUAAAAUUGAUGUGAAUAAAUAUUGUGCUGAGAAAUGGUGUAUACAAAAGUGCUGCCCUCCUGAACACUUCAUCAAUCCUAGAAAUAAAGAGUGUAUAAGGAUCUUAAACCCGAAACUCAGAUCAGAAUUAAAAGAGCUACUCAAGUUAAUCGACUAUGAAAAUAUUACCUUCUAUUCGAAUACGGAGCCUAGACAGAAAAUUAAAGGGAAAUUUAAAUAUAUUCAAAACUAUAAGAAUAACAAUAUGUCAAUGUGUGGAGAAAUAAACUUUAACAACCCAUACGAAUAUUAUUUUACGGAAAAAGCAACGCUUAAGGUGUUUGAAGCAGACCGAUCCAAAAAAUGGUAUUUCCUUGAUAACUCAGAAUAUUGUGUAGACUAUACAUUUGUAUUUCGAAAUGGAAAAAUCACAUUGUUGUUAAUAGUCAAAGAAUAUUAUGUGUUCAAAAAAGAUAAUGAACUGAACAAUACCCUACUUUUAACAGGUCUGCUGAUAUCCUCGGUGUUUCUGCUGCUCGUGUUUAUAGUUCAUUGUAUGCUAAAAACUCUGCAUUCAUCUUUUACCGGACUGCUAAUGAUGGCGUACACCAUUACAAUUUUACUGGGCUUCAUAGUCAAAGUCAUCAUGCAAGCAAACAUUCGAAAUAUGAAUAAUACCAGCUGUAAAAUAAUAACACCUGUACUAUAUUUUCUAUUGAUGUCGAGUUUCUUCUGGUUAAACUCUUUCUCCGUCUGCAUAUGGCGGGGAUUAAGAGUUAUGGGCGUAUAUAAAGCAACGCGGCGGGAAAAGCUGAUGAGUUUCUGUCGAUACAGUUUGUACGCGUGGGGAGUGCCGCUGGUGAUCACUGGGAUCGUCACCUACUUGGACAACAUCGACCUCAGUAAAAUAGAUUACAUUGUCAAACCACCGUUCGACGACUGUUUCAAAAAUGAAACUGGGGUAAAAAAUUACUAUUUCAUACCGCUCGGUGUUAUAAUGUCUAUUAACAUAGUAUUGUUUGUGAUUACGAUUUACCAUAUAUUGACAACUAGAUACUCAACUAAAAGAAAUGCAGAGUUCAAACGAAGCGGCAGGGAAAACAGCUACAAGACUUACAUGAAACUGUCUCUGACCAUGGGCAUCAGUUGGGUGCUGGAGCUGAUCCCCAACUCGGACAACACGUUCCUGUUCAUCCUCAGCAACACGUACAACAGCCUCAUCGGAGUCAUCAUCUUCUUCGUCUACAUCUUCGACAAGAACGUUCUGAAUGAAUUGUGCGAAAAGUUCAACAUACAAAACGAGUUUGUGCUUAAAAUAGCUCGCCGUAAAUCCCUGUUCAGACUAGCGAGGUCAAUGAAGGUAAGUCGUGAAGAAUCAUCCAGUAUGAAAACUACUGCCACUGCAUUAAGUUCCGAGGCCGAAGAAAAAACAUCUUUAAAUCAAGUGUCGCUGAUGCCCGACCCUGCAGACCCUGCAGUCCUGCUGCGGACUGUCUAGCGGGUGUCUGAGGCUCCGGCUCGAAGAGCAGGAGUAGAAACGGGGUGG